AUGGAUACCAUGCCAGAUGCCUUUGCUCCGGCCCAGAUGGGCUCCUCAGCUGCGCCUCCAAAUUUGGGCUCAGGCACUGGCCCGCUCGGAGAGUCUCUUUCUACAAAGCCUGUAAAAGUGGAUGAUCCCCCCAAGUUGGACCUCGAUUCAUACAUUGCCAACUACACAGGUCGGACUCGAUUUAACCGCCUCUACCUUAUCGGAAACACCUCUACUGUCCUUGCCGUCGAUGCUCUCAAGUCCGCUGUCGCAGAGGCCAAAUCUGGGAAGGAUGUUGGACGAUAUGAAAAAGCAGUUCGUGCUCUGGCGGAGGUAACCCCGGCUGAGCAAGAUGCCACCCUCGACUCUGUUUGGGUCUCGGAUAUCCAGCGCUCGGUCAGAGCCCAGAGCGAACGCUUGGAACAUGAGCUGCGGGGUUAUAAGAAUAAUUUGAUUAAGGAAAGCAUCCGGAUGGGAAACGAGGACUUGGGCAACCACUACUAUGAAACGGGAGACCUUGUCGCCGCAUCGAAGGCAUACUCACGGAUGAGGGACUAUUGCACAACACCAAACCACAUCGCCUCCAUGCUAUUCAAGAUGAUUAACGUAUCCGCCGAACGCGGAGACUGGAUGGGGGUGCAAUCCAAUGUCCACCGACUCCGCAACUCUCAAUCGAAACCAGAAGAUCUCCUGAAAAACCAACCUAAGAUACUGGCUGCCCUGGGCUUAUCGCAGAUGCAUGCAAAGUCCUUCCGCGAUGCAGCCACGAGCUUCCUCGCUGUGGACUCCUCUCUGAGCGAUUCAUUCAGCGAGAUUAUUACGCCAAAUGACAUUGCCGUUUACGGAGGUCUAUGCGCCCUAGCCUCCAUGGACCGUCAAGAACUUCAGAAACAGGUGUUGGAUAAUCCAUCAUUUCGAAACUUCCUCGAACUAGAGCCUCAUAUUCGUCGAGCCGUUGCGUUCUUCUGCAAUUCAAAGUUCCGCCCUUGUCUCGAUAUUCUGGAGAAUUACCGCACCGACUAUCUCCUCGAUAUCAACCUCCAGCGCCACGUCCCAGCGCUUUACACCCAGAUCCGCACUAAGGCUAUCCAGCAGUAUCUGGUUCCAUUUAGUCGCGUGACGCUCGACUCGAUGGCAGCUAUCUUCGCUCCGGACGUGGUUGGAGGCGAGGCCCGACCCACCGAAUUGAGCUCACCCUUCGUACAAGAACUCAUCCGUCUGAUCAAGGAAGGUGUACUGGAUACCCGGAUUGAUCUCGAGAAAGGUCUUCUAGUUUCCAACCAGACAGAUCUGCGAACCGAGGUCCAGACAAAAACUCUGGACAGCUUGAGCAGUUUCAACAAGGAAGCGCACCUGCGAAUCGUCCGUGCUGCUGUCCUGCAUGCUGGACUGGAAAUUCAAGCCGGUGACGCCGAACAAGGCCCACGGCAGUCACACUCAAGCGCAAGAAGAGGACCGGGCGGUUACCGUCGAGGUGAUGGACUCGUUGGUUAG